UGGCAACUUCUUAGCCCAGAAUACACGAUUGAAUCAAAGGAUGAAUUUUUGUCACUGCCAUUCAUAUUUCCUGCAUUUUUUAGACUUGGAUUAAGGCUUGAUACCAAACCAAAUUUUGUCCUACACUCUAACGAUGGAAAGUGUAUCAAUUUGGAUAUCUACUGAAUUCAACAACGCCCAUCGGUUGACUUUAACGUAUGACUUGCAUCUAUUAAGUACACAUUAUGAUCGAUCAGAAGUUCUGCUUCCAAAUCUAAAGAGACAGGGCUUGUAUUGUAGACAUAAUGAUAUGUUUGUUUUUGAAAUACGCUUUCCUGUUGAAGGUUAUUUCAAGUUAGAGCUAUUUGGUGGAUAUCAUAGGUCUCAUUCCAUGAAACUCUGCUACUUUAAGUUAGUGUGCGAGAAAAGUCUUUCAAAUUUUCGGUACCUCCCUUACUAUACUGAAAACUUAAUGUGGGGCCCUGGGCCAUCAUGUGAAGAAUAUGGUCUCGUUUUACCUUCAAAGCCAACAGGAAUUGUAAUUGUAGACCAGGAGCCGAAAUUAUCUAUUUUAAGCACUACACAAAGUACUAAACAGCCGACUUAUAAACCUGUAUAUUUUGUUUUUGAUCUACAUACAGACAAAUCAAGGGAUAAAGUAUUUACAAUAAAGAUGUAUGGAUAUGAUCCUGGACUAGCGACAGAACUUGCUACGCCAUUUGACGAAAAUGGUGAACUUGUUGAUAAAACAAAGAAGAAGAGGAAGAAGGGAGACAUUUUUCCGGAGAACAACACGGAUUAUACGACUUAUGCAGAAUGUGAGCGCGAUGAUUUGAAGAAACAACUUAAAAUCACAGUUCAGAUUCCGCACGAAGGAGAAUUUGUUCUUGUCAUUAAAGCUUCGUCUGCUGUAAAGGAUGUUGAUGGUAAAAUUACUGCUGUUAAUGACGCUGUUGAUGUUUGUGUGUAUCUUCUACGCACUUCAGAUGAUCCGCAUAGAGAGAAUGUCCCUCAAAAAUUAGCGCGGAAGGAACUGAUUCGAUCAAUGCAAGGAACAAGCAGUAACGUUAUAAAACAAGCUGUAGACAAAUGUUUGAAGGUGAAAAUAGAUAAGAAUGAUGGUGACAUUGCCGCAGCCCAAACAAAGGCAGAGUAUCUCACCUAUAGGAAAGCUGUGUUCGAUGCAAUACAUCGUAGAAACUUCCGAAUUAUUAAUGAAGAGCUUCUGAAACUAUCAAAGUAUAAACACAGUGGUGCUCUCGCUUCAGAAAUAAGAAUGCUUUUCACCUUGCGGAAACAGCUGAACAUGCUCAUAGAAUUAACAAAGCAUAUACCAGAGCUCCAACGUGCAGCUGCAGAUCUUGUACAGAUAGAGGAGCCGUCACCAGAAGUUCAUAUAACGAUGGGUGCGUUAUUUCUACUACUAGAGGAACCAGACAAAUAUUUAGACAAUUGGGAAUUCAUUGUAAAGCAGUUUAAAUCUGAUAAAAAGCAAGGUGGGGAGAGUCCUAUUAUAAGAAAAAUGUAUCUGGUAGCUGAAAUGUAUCCUCCAAAGAAUACAAGACGAAAGAUCAAUACACUUUUAACAGAAUACAGCUUCGAGCAAGUCAAACAUGUCAGUACUGCGGCGGCUAAAUUUCAUGUAUGGGUACAAAAGGUAAUGGCAGUUCUUCAGGACUUGGAGUUUGACAUUGAAUUUCCGUCUAACAUAGAAGCAGCAGACGACAAUUUAGAGGAUGAAAAUGCAAAAGAAACAACGGAUGCACCAGAAACAACGGAUGCACAAGAAACAACGGACGUGGAUACUGUGCAAAAUUUUGACAACAAAUCAAAAGAAGGUGAUACGAAAGAAGAUAAUAUUCUAGCAGAGCACGACACCUAGGUUAAA